AUGAAUCACCCGAAUCAGCAACCCAAGGUGCCCGGGUCUAUCUGUGACUUCGAAUUCCGCCAGUCUGUAUUUAGCAACCCCAUUGAUCUCAUUCAUGAGAUCCAACGCCAAGUCUCCAGCGCAGGCGCCCUCACCGCUGGGGCUCCAUACCAUGGAACGAUGAGACUGUUGGAGAUUCUCGGCUCCACUGAAGAUUCUCGGCUAGAAGAUAUUCAACUGAAGAACCUCGUCGCGGAGAUCUUCAAAGACCUCCAGAGUUUUCCAGACACGUACGAACUAAGCCUCGAUAGGUUCAACGAAUAUUGUGGUGCUCUCAUCCGUCGCUUUGCCGAAAUCGAACACGAGAGAUAUGACCCUCCAUGUGAUAUCUGCCAUCUUCGGGGUCAUGCCAUCCUUGAUUGCCACCUUUUAAAUGUCCAGGCUCGGCAAAAUCGCAAUGGACAUGGCGCGGGUCGGGGCCUGGAGUUCUGA